AUCAUAGAUUUAAUAAACAAAGCAUUUUGAAAUUCGGAAUUUUGCCGUUAAAUGCGGUACGCAGCCGUGUCGCAAAAAAAUCCCGAUUAGGUAAUUGGCGAUAGUGAACAAACUUCGACAGAUUACGACUAUCUAAGUUUUGACCAGUAAGGAAGUACGACAUUCAAUAUUCUUAACCACUACUUCUAGUUGUACUUGUACAUCUUAACAGACCUAAUCAUAUCCCAAAGGUAACCAAUAUCAUUAUGUCUAAAGUUACUGUCAUAGGAGCAGGAAUCAUUGGAUUGUAUACAACAUAUUUAUUAACUGAACGAGGUAUUGAGGGUAAGAAUAUCAAAAUAGUUGCUGAAUUUUUACCUGGAGAUCAAUCCAUUAAGUACGCUUCUCCAUAUGCAGGUGCUUACUUUUCAGCAUGUAUUGAUGAAGAACAUCUCCCUUACAGUAGAUAUACUUACGAGAAUUUAGACAAAUUAAAAGCUAAACUUGGUCCAACUCCAGGUAUCGGAAAUGUUUAUUCUACAGAAUAUUUGGAUGAAAUUCCAGAUGAUUCAUAUCUUGCAAAGAUAAAAGAUUUUGUCGAAGAUUAUGAAUUGGUAGAACCACCAGCCUAUUUGAAGACUGCAAAAGUUGGGGUUAGAUAUAAGGCAUUUGUUUUCAAUAGUCCUUUACUUAUCAGUAAUCUUCUUGAAUAUUUGAAAUCUAUUGGCGUUACAGUUGAAAGAAAAAAGAUUAAUCACAUCAAUGACGCAUUCAAAGAAAACGAUGCAGAUCUUGUAUUUAACUGUUCUGGAACUGGAUCAAUGACUUUAGGAGGUGUUGAAGAUCCGAAAAGUUUCCCAACUAGGGGACAAGUUGUUGUUAUAAGAGCUCCACAUAUAAAAGAAUGUGUUUCAUUAUGGGAUGAUGCUUCAACCUAUAUAAUUAAAAGGCCAGACUCAAUUAAUCAUGAAGUCAUUCUUGGAGGAUUUUAUCAAGCAGGAAAUUUUGAUGCUAACACUUAUGGAUUUGAAACCGAAGAUAUUUUGAGAAGAACCACUCAAUUGUUUCCUAAGCUUUUGGAAGACAAUGAAACUGGUAAUACAAUUAAAGAUUUACAAAUUCUUCGUGUAGUUGCUGGAGCUAGACCAGGGAGAGAAGGUGGUGUUCGUAUUGAAAAAGAAGUCACUAAUACCGGCACGAUCGUUCAUAAUUAUGGUGCCAGUGGUUCCGGGUAUCUUUGCGGGCUUGGAAUGAGUAGUAAAGCUGUUGAUUUAGUUAUUAAAAGUUAAUAAGUAGACAAUUUCAAUAUAAAUGAAUUAAGUUUAAAAAAUUAAAAAAAUAACGACAACUGCAGGACUCGAACCUGCGCGGGCAUAGCCCAAAAGAUUUCAAGUCUUUC